GAAGAGCUGUUCUCUCCCAGGUUUUGGAAAAGAUCCAGGGGUACAGCUGUGGCAGCUGUCAGGGUGUGGAGGGACCAAGAAUCUGCUGGGACAGCACGUAAAGAUCAAUGCUAUGCCUGUCUGGGGCACUGAGUAGGAAAGGUAACUAUGCUUCCUCUCAAUAUGUCCCAGCUAUAGGACUGUGCAAUGCUCAGAGCUAGCUAACAUCAGUGGCUUGUUAAUAAAGGGUUAACUAGUCCUUCCCCCCCCCCCCCACUCCUUAAGUUUGACAUUCCCCAGCAAGGAGGAAUUUUCCAGGCCUAAAUUCAUCUCCUACCAGCAACAGCCCUUUUUCCAAGUUUGGAAAACACUGGAAGACUGGAAAUUGCAACAGCAUGAAAGAGAAAGCAGAAUCGAGCAAGGAAGACGGGAAAGGUGACACCAUGUCUGUGAUAUACAGUGAGGUGGCUGCUGAUGAGCCAACUACCAACAGCUUCUGGAUGCCCAGUCACUACCAGAGCACUGUCAAACGUCUGGAUGAUGGGUACCGUGUCUGUGACCAGAUUGUAGCCUGUUUCCAGGAACGGGCAAAGAUUGAACGUAGCUAUGCUCUGAUGAUGGAUGAAUGGACUCGCAAGUGGAGGCCCCUGGUUGAUGCAAGCCCGGCAUAUGGUUCCCUACUUCGGGCAUGGCAAGCUUUCCUGGGGGCCUCUGAGCGGUUAAGCCGGCUACACAUGGAGAUGCAAAGGGCUUUGGUCUCUGAGGAUGCUGGAACCAUCCGAUCCUGGCAGCACAACUCUUAUCACCGCAAGCUCUUCGGGGGCUUCAAGGAGGCUUGUGAGCUAGAAAAUGGUUUCCAGCGGGCUCAGAAACCCUGGACAAAAAAGCUCAAGAAGGCAGAGAAGGCCAAAACUCUGUAUCACAAGGCCUGUCGCAAAGAGCACAUUGCAACACUGAGGGAGAGUGGAAUUCAGGCAGCAUCAGGGGCUGAAGUAUCUCCAGAUCGGCAACGUACUUUGCGGGAAGAACAUCAACGUUGCAGCCAAGAAACCAACAAGAUCCGGGAACGCUAUGAGAAGGCUCUGAAGGAGCUUGACCGUUGCAGUCCUCGCUACAUGGAAGAAAUGGAGUCUGUGUUUGAGCAGGGACAGGCUCUGGAGCAGAGACGGAUUGUCUUCCUCAAAAGUGCCUUCCUCGCCCUGCAUCGGCGUCUUGAUGUUUCUGCAGAUUCCAGUGUCCAAGCUGUUUAUAGUGAUUUGCAUCAGGCCAUUGAAGAGAUAAAUGACCAAGAGGAUCUUAAGUGGUGGCGUAACCGACAUGGCCCAGGAAUGCCUAUGAACUGGCCAAAAUUUGAGGAUUGGAGUCCUGAUCACGAGCGCCCACAAGUGAAGGUCAAGAAAGCAAAAGAACCAGAGAAAGUGACACCCUGCAAUAUCUCCUCUACCAAGAGCUGUCCGAAGCCAGCACCUGCACCAAUACCAGGCCAGCGGGUUCGUGCCGUGUACGAUUAUAUUGGUCAGGAAGCAGAUGAGCUAAGUUUCAAGGCAGGAGAGCUUCUCACCAAAUUGGAAGAUGAGGAUGAACAAGGCUGGUGCAAAGGAGUGACCGACAGUGGACGUGUGGGCCUCUACCCUGCCAACUAUGUGGAACCCAUACAGGGCUAGAUAGAAUGGGCAAAAAAUGGGGGGGAGGGACUUACCCAAUCAGUAAAAUUACAUCUAUGUAUAGUUUGCAUUUCUUAGAUCACAUUAUCCAAGACAGAAUGAUGCAAAAUUCAGUUUCUUCAGAGAUCCAGUUGCAAGUUCCUAGCCUAUGCAGGUGCGAAGUUCACCCCGAAAACUGUGUGGGAAAUGCUAGUGAAAUCUCAGAAGCUGCAGUGGGUUGGUGGGUGGGUCCACGUGAAACCUCACAUGGGUGGUUCUGGCUUCUGCAUUCAGCAUAGCUUUUUGUCCGUCCCUUUAGUUGUAGAAUAAAUGAAUUGCAAAGCAAGCCCUCAGAAGCUUCAUUUACAUAUUGUAUUCACAGAAAGGAAGCCUUUCAUCAUUUUGAGGGUGGCACAAAUUGGUAAAAUAGACCUGAAUAAUAAAGACUCAGAAACAAAGCUGGGUAAAGAUAUGGCCAUCAGAUUGCUCUACAUACCACUUGUAACAUAAACACACACUCAUAUACAUCUACUGGACACAUACAUCCGGUCUGAUUUACCACUUGGUGUGCCUGCAGAUUUUUAUUUGCUUACGUAGUUAUUCAUCCUUUCUUCUUGUGUCUCUGACACACAAACAAAUCAAGAUGCCUUAAAGCUCUCCUUUAUUUUCCACAGAGAUUGAAAACACCCUGCCCUGAAGGGCUGGUCAAACUUCACAAGAAGCACAAGAAAGAUGUCUCGCAAUCCCACAAAUUCUCUUUAAUCGUUUCUUAAUCCAAAAAUCUGCCACACGUGAGAGGAAUGUACAUUUGAAAAUUGUCCUCACAUGGCAAGUUAGUGAAGUAUAGGAGAUUUGUAGGAUCCAAUUACACUGUUCUUUCAGCACCUCCCUAGAUGACUGAUAUUUGGAGAAGAAACUAUUCAGAGGCAACUGCUCCAUCCACUAAAGUGUGAAAACAAGGCUAAGACAACUAAGAUGAAUAUGUGAACAUCUGUGGGGAUUUUUAAAAAAGAUUCGAUCUUUUAGAUCUGUGGAGUUUGGAAAAUAAAAAAUAAAUAAGCGUGGUGGCCA